ACAUUUUACAUUGUAGGAAUUGGGACCCUCGGGUUGAAUAACGUCCUUUCAAAUAAAAAGACUGGCUGGGGGGGGCUACGAACAAGAGGCCUAGCCGAGCAGCCAACGACGACAAGCACCAUUUAAUGUUCUUGAUCCAAGUCACGGAUGCGUCGGAGCUAUACGCCGGCGUUAGGGGGUGCUUGGAACGCCUAAAUGUUGCCAUUAUUCGCUGGAAAGGUACGCCGGCGCCCGUACCCCGAGUCUCCACUUUUGUUCUCUUUGUUCGGGUGGCGGAAGCCCAGCGCGUCGCAUUCAAGAGAGCGAGCCAAUCGGCCUCGCGCUUACUGGCAGCGCUGGGCCAAUGGCGCAGCGACGUGCUUCCCGGUCGCCGUCGGACCGCGGACAGACAGGAGGCGAGUGGGCCGGUAGGAAGCUAACUGCUAACUUCCGUUCAAUUGCAAAUUUGGUCUUCGGCGACACUUUUCCGCGGGAGAAAACGCACCGAAAGGCCUUGGAAAAAAUCUAAACCACGCGAAGGUGUCGAAUCGGGCCGGCUAAAAGUUGAACGCGCGGCUCGGUUUCGGCUUAAUUAGCGGGGCUCCUGCUAGCGUUGGCGGCUAGGCGCCAGUCGAGCCCGUUUUGACAACAACGCGGUCGCUCGCGUUGCUUUCCCGCCGCGAUUCCGUUCUCGUUCGGGAACGCGCUUUCAAACUCGACGGCGAACAUGGCGGAGUUUCUGGAAGACCCGUCGGUGCUCACCAAAGACAAGUUGAAGAACGAGCUGGCGGCCAACAACGUGGCGCUGCCGAGCGGCGAGCACAAGAAAGAAGUGUACGUGCAGCUCUAUUUGAAGAACUUAACGGUUCAGAACAACAAGAGGAGCCCGCCCGCCGACGCCUUCUCCAGCGAUGACGAGCCGCCCGCCCCCGUGGUCUCCAACAAAAGCCGCUCCGGCAGAAAAGCCACCAGGAAGACGGACAAGCCUCGCAUCGAGGUGGAGGUGACGGAACUCACCGACGAGGACCUUCGACUGCAACUCGCCAAGUACGGAGUGGACGCGGGACCCAUCGUGGCCUCGUCGCGCAAGUUGUACGAGAAGAAGCUGCAGAAGCUGCUGGAAGAGCCCACGGCGGAAGCCGAGAGCGCCGCCGCCCCCGCCGCCGACGUCACCGUCCUCCCCGAAGUCGACGCCAACCAGAACGGCAACACCGACUUUGACCAGUACAGCGACAAGGAAGACGAGGAAAUGACCGUCACUGAACCGGAGCAGGUCCCGGUGGCCGAGAGGCCCGUGCGCAGCCGAGGGAAAACUCCGGCGACCGGGCGGACCGCCGGCAGACGGCAAACCAAGGUGGUGCUGGAGGAGGAGGAGGAGGAGCUGGUGGUGGUCACUGAAGGCCCCCCCGUCAAGUUCAGCGAGAGCCCCGUGGAAGAUAUUCUGGCCAAUGAAAUCAGCACGCCAGUGGGCAUCAGCGCCACCUGCAGGCGUCCCAUCCGAGGAGCGGCGGGCCGACCUCUCAAGCCCAGCGACUACUGGCUGGACGAGUCCCGCGUGCGCCGCAGCGUGCGCGCCGAGAAGCGCUCCUACUCGGAGUCCUUCUCCCGGGGGGUCGGCGCCGCCCCCUGCCCUCCCCCCGUCGCCGGGAAAUCCCCCACCCUCCUGCUCAAGCUCGCCCUCCUGGUGGCGGUCUGCGGCUCGCUUUUCCUGGCCUACAAGCAUCUGGAGGCGAGUGAGCUGGAGGGGCUCCUGGGCGACGUGGCGCUCGCUCUGCGGGACGCCGCCCGCAACGCCAGCGCCUACCUGGGCCUGGGCGACCAGUCAAAGGUGUAAGGUGUCUCUUUGCCCGCAACCGCGACCACCUCCUCCUCUGCCGCACUUACCGCAAGGUGUUCGCACCGCACCGGAACAAAAACUGCUUUCAAACCACAUUCACCCAAACUGUGUUUGAAGCGCGCGUCACAAAAAGUGCAUUCGGUCCACUUUUUGGAGAAAAAAAAACUACAAAAACAAAAAUGGAGGCUUGAAAGCGUUUUGGUUAGAAUUGGCUUCGACGUGAACCGUGGACAUGACGUGACUAUUUCGGGGCGCUCGGAAGUCCGCCGAUGCCGAUUUUGAGUUUUAGCCACUUCAAUUGAUCGAUCGUUAUUGAUCUGUUUUUAAAAUCCUUCCACGAAAAAACGACUUGACGCUCUUCAAAGGUUCAAUAUAAAGGUAAUGACAAGUAUUCUUUUCAUUAAGG